UAUCCAACCAACCAGGCAAAGGCAAUGUCUCCAAAUAUGCCAGCCACCUUCAUGUUCCCAGACAUGACCAAACCAUACAUCACUCAACCAGCAUGCAUUCCCUCCACCCAGAUAUUAAGCCAUGCAGGCACAAAUGCACUCCAGAUGGGCCCAAACCAGAGGGGCUGAAGGGGAAAGACAGUGUAGGGCUGUCUGCAGAAUUUGAAUUGGCCUCAAAAGGAACCAAAACAUAUGAAAGGCAAGCAAAAUUCUCUGAGAAGAAACAGCACCACUUUAUGGUUGAAAACAACCAAGUUUCUGGAGAAGGGGCUGAGGGGAGGGACUUCACGACUAGUUGGUGUGAGACUUUUCAUGAUCAGCAUUUCAGGCAAGUUUUGGACCAAACUAGAGCUGAAUCUUUGCCCUGGUUUAGUGAGGAUGAUGUGAAGAAAAUGAAUCUCCUUGCCAGAGGCACUGUGUUGAGUAAAGACAGAAUUCCAGGCCAUGGCCAAGUGCUUCAAGUGGGACUUGGUAGUUGCAAUGAAAACACUACAUUACUAAAAGGGGACCAUAACAGACUCUGCCAGACAGGGCAGUGUGCCCUGAUAAAGCGCCCCAGUGAUUGGUUUGAGGUUCUUGCGUUCCAUUUGGACAGGGUCUUGGGUUUGAACCGCAGUCUUCCAGCAGUGCUAAGGACCUUUAAAAGUGACCUAUUACCAUAUAAGUAUACCAGUGGUUCUGGCAGACCUGUGGUGUGGUGGGACCCAGAUAUUCAGCAUCUAGCUGAUGAUGAUAAUGACCAGAACUCUUUUUCCCUCACCUGGCCCCAGUAUCAGGAUCUGCUAAAAGCAAGAUGUGGGAUGCAAGUGCCUCUGAACUCAGCAGUGUGUGUAGGUGUACACCAUUCAGAGUGGGGAAGAUUGGCACUGUUUGACUUCCUGUUACAGGUAAAUGACAGACUGGACCGGUACUGCUGUGGGUUCCAGCCUGACCCUGCUGAUAUGUGUGUGGAAAACCUUCUGAAUGUCAAAUGUGCAAACCCUAAACAUUUAAUGCUGGUGCAUAUUCUGGUUCGGAGGACAGAUCCCUCCAGACUAGUGUUUAUAGAUAAUGCAGGCAGGCCUCAUCAUCCACAAGACAACCUCAACUUCAGACUGAUUGAGGGCAUUGAUGAGUUUCCGGAGAGAGCCAUCUCAGUGCUGCAGUCUGGCUGUCUGGAGCAGCUGCUCCUGCGCUCGCUGUCUAUGGAUAAGGAGCUGUGGGUGAGUCAAGGAGGAGCAGCAGGCCUCAGAGCCACCAUCUACACUCUUCAGCACAGAGCUCGAAUCCUGCUGCAGCACAUCCAGAACAAGAGAGUAAACAGAGAUCUGUGAAACUAUACCUAUUUAAAAGAACUUAUACUGACUACAAGCAGGCAAGUUAAAAGUUUGCAUGUUGUGAUUUUUAAAAUGAAUAAUAGGUGGUGAUAUCUGCAGCUGCUGCUGCAUUGUGUGCAAAAUAGUAAUAAUAUACUAAAGGUGGUGCUACAGUCAUUUGGCAAUGUGAAACAACGGCUUGGUGCAGUGCACUUAUAAGAAAGUAGGUUAUCUAAUA